UGAUAGAAAAAGAUGUCCAACUUCCACAAGUUUGUAUUACAAUCUACAGGGAAAAAUUUCAAGAAAGAAUGGUACAAUGUGAAUGGAACCUCUAUAUAUAUGGGUUUAAGCCUAAAGUCUUUGGUGUCUAAACUCAUUCCCAAUAAUAUUUCAUCUAUCUAAAGCUUUUCACAAUAAGAGCUUUUGGUCUCAGUUUUUCUGUGAAAAAGUCUAUUUCUAUUUGUUGUUGUCAUUCUUGAUUAUUAAGGGAUGACUCUCAGGAAGAUCACUUGGAGAGAUAUUAUCCCAACAUGUUACAAGACUAAUAGACCUCUACCAGAAUCUAAGAAAGAGGUUGUGAAACAAAAAUCUUUUCAGAGGCUAUCACUCUCAGACUUGAGCAAUCCAGGGUCACCACUCUCGGUUAACGAUCUCUCGAAUUCGUUCAUUGCCUCCAACCUUCACAUAUUCACAUUUGCAGAGCUCAGAGAGAUCACACACAAUUUCUCAGUAACUAAUCUGCUUGGCGAAGGCGGGUUUGGACCGGUACACAAGGGGUUCAUUGAUGACAAGCUGAGGCCUGGGUUGAAAGCUCAGCCUGUGGCUGUUAAGUUGCUGGACUUGGAUGGCCUGCAAGGCCACAGGGAGUGGCUGGCUGAAAUAAUCUUUCUUGGACAAUUGAGGCAUCCACAUCUUGUUAAGUUGAUUGGAUACUGUUGGGAAGAUGAGCACAGACUCCUAGUUUAUGAAUACAUGGCAAGAGGCAGCUUAGAAAAUCAACUUUUCAGAAGAUAUUCUCUUGCCUUGCCGUGGUCAACCAGGAUGAAAAUUGCAGUUGGAGCAGCAAAGGGUCUAGCUUUCCUACAUGAAGGAGAUAAACCAGUAAUAUACCGGGAUUUUAAAGCUUCAAACAUUUUGUUAGACUCUGAUUACAAGGCUAAACUAUCAGAUUUUGGGCUAGCAAAGGAUGGUCCAGAAGGAGAUGACACACAUGUAUCGACGCGUAUCAUGGGAACACAUGGCUACGCUGCUCCCGAGUACAUCAUGACUGGCCACUUGACAACAAUGAGUGAUGUGUACAGCUUUGGAGUGGUUCUCUUAGAGCUGCUAACAGGUAAAAGGGCAAUGGACAAGUCCCGUCCAGCUCGAGAGCAGAACCUAGUAGAAUGGGCAAGGCCUCAAUUAAAUGACCCUCGAAAGCUUGACCGUCUAAUAGACGCUAGAUUGGAAGGGCAGUUUUCCGCAAAGGGUGCCCAGAAGGUGGCUGCAUUGGCUUACAAAUGCUUGAGCCACCACCCAAAGCCUAGGCCUACAAUGACUGAAGUGAUAAAGAUCUUGGAGCCUCUUCAGGACUUCGAUGACGCAUCAGUUGGACCGCUUGUGUACAUAGUUCCAAAUGAAAAUGUUGGCAGAAGUUGUGUUAGCAAUGAGGAACCAAAGGACAGUGCAGCAGAAAGGGAUGACCUUGAAGAUGAUGGAAACCACUAUUAUAGGCAGAAACCCGGUCCCGGUUGGAGACAUCGAAUCAGAUUGCCAAUGCCACGAGCAUCCUAUUCAGAUCCUGCUUUGUAUAAGAAUUUUGGGAAUGGUUUAAACUCCCCCAAGAAUUAUUAAGAAUCUAAAGAUGAGAAACCAUUGCAAGUACGAAACUGCGAAUGGUUUUAUAUGCCAGAAAUAUGGCAAAUAUUUGAAAAGUAUGCUGCUUGUAGUUCACAUGGAAGAGUACUCCAGAUAAACUGGUUUUUCGGAUUGGAUAUUGAGGAAAAAAUUGUUUCUUGUUAGGAAAAGAGAUUGAUUUAAAUCAUAGUGAUCUUAUACAUGGUCCCAUGAAAGAGCAAAUCUCCUGAAAAGAUUACACAUUAUGCCACAAACAGUUCAAAAAAAAAAAAAAAUUAAAAUUUUGAAUAUGUCUAUGGGAACUUUGUGCAGAAAGGAGCUAUGGAAAGGGAAAGACUUCUUUCUGUGUGUGAACUGAUAAUUCAUUGUUGAAUUAGAAGAAGUCGGGGGCAAGCUAGCAGCAUAUGAUCAGUAGAGAUGUAUGUACACGACCAAAAUUAAUUUAGUGAUACAUAUAAAUUUGGUUAUGAGGCAUUGGAUUGUUUCCUCAACAGAUGCAUACUUUGGCAUAUCACCAGGCUGACAUAACCCGGUGCUCGGUGAGCAUACAACCAGGCCACAAGACCACUUUGAAUAAAAACCAUUCAUGUAUUUCAGAUUGCAUUUUAUUCUUUUUAUUUGUGUUUAAAUUUUUUGUUGCUGGGGGGUUGGGGGUGGGACUGAUGGUUGGUGAAGGGGCUGAGAAUUUCAGUUCUUGCUAGCGUGCAGAAUUGUAUUAACAUAGAAAAAUCAUACAAAAUGUGAAACUGUUUAGAUUAUUAAUAAGCCUAAUAG